AUGCCCUCAUUACCACCUACGUCCGCAGCUACGCCGCACGUAUUAAAACGCGCCCGAGAGGAAGAACAAAUGGAAUUUUCCAAGCGACAACGCCAGAACGAGCUCCAGACGCCGUCGGGAUACCCCAGUGACUUCGCUAGCAGCUACGAUCGAGUACGCCUGAGCCACGCUUCACAACCGUCGUCACUGCCAUCAGAUCGUGUCACGUACCCAGCUCCAGCUGACACGUACUUGUCGAACUCAUGGGCGAUCAACACAGAAUAUGGGGCUUCAGAAAGUGGCGUGUAUGCUCCAGAUCUUAUCUACACUAAUCCAGAUGGACAGUAUAAUCAUGGUGUAUCAUCGCAGCCUCCGCCUUUUUCCUGGCUGAGCUAUGGUCCUCCUUAUCAGGGCUAUAGGCCUGCGCCGAUCAUGCAGGCCUUGGAUACGCGAGGACUACCUAUACCCCAAAUUGAACGUAACUACGGACCAUAUGAUCCUACGGAGGCUACCGCCGUCACGAACCUUCCGCAUCAGAGACAGCAGCAGACCCUAAAGCAGCAAGAAAUAUAUUCACCCCAGCCUGCUCCCUUUCCUCACGUCUCUUGCGCACGCCUCCUAGACUCACAGCAAGCCUCUUCUCUUCGAUCGGCCAUGGGUACACAAAACCAUCACCAAAAAAACUUCGUCAAUAGUACCACUGCUGCACAGGUCGCUCGGAAGGAGCUUUAUGACGAGCAAAAGCAGUGGCUCAGCAACGCAGAAGCAGACCUCAAAGAGAAGACAAUCACCGUCAUUCCUGCCAUUCUUCUCAAGCAAGGCACCGUAGGAGCUCUUGAGAGUGUCAAGGAUGAUCUGGUGCCGCGCGAUGUGUGGCGCCUACGCUCCUUAUCGACAUCCUAA